ACUGAGUUUAUCUCAUAGUUUUUCUUUGUCCACCAUUUCAGGAUGUGAAAUCGAGGACGGGGAAACCACGGGAAGUGACGAGUUAGGAAGCUAGCCAUUUCGAGAUUGCGCAUAGAUGUAGAAACAAAUCAUGAUCUUGUAUUUGGAGAUUUUAUGAUAUGAGAGAGAAUUUUAAAGAUUUGAUCUUCGGAUUUUGAUGGUAUCAGAGUGUGAAUUUGAUAAGUUCCGAGCCUUGUGCACUUGUGGGACCCGUUUCACGAGUGCACGGCGUCUGUCGCGUCUCGAAAUUUGGGUUUUGGGGCGUGACAGUACCUGUGAUUUUGAUGAUUACAAAACAAAUUUGAGUGACUAAUUGGUUUAUUUAAGUGUGUAGUUAAGUUGCUAAAAGAUUGCGUGUAAACUUGAAUUGCACUAAAAAUAGACCAAAAGGAUUCAAAGUGUGCAAAGAGUUGGCUCUUGAAAGCUGCAGUCGGCUCUGGUGAAAUGGAAGUGCAGAGUGCCGACUUUGGAAGCUGCAGCCGGCUCUAUAGGCAAAAAUUUGAAGACCAUUGCUUGGCGCGCGCAGAGAAAAGACGCAAAGCCGGCUCCAAUUUUAUUGCUGGCUGUGAGAGUGCAUUUAAUGCACAACGGUCGACUCUUUUGAAUGUAUUUAAAAUCGGAAUUCCAAAGCCGGCUCAAAGUUUUGCAGCCGGCUCUCGAGGAAAACAGAAUGGCCUGCAAACUCGGAUAGCCGGCUCUAGAAAGCUAAGCCGACUCUCUUGACAAACUUGCAGCUCGAGUUUUGCGUCCUGCAGAGCAUUUAAUGACCUCCAACGGCUAGUAACGACUAUUUUCGAGCAAGGGGGUAUAAAUAUGGGUGGUAACAGAUCUGAAGAGGUUAAGAGUGUAUUGUAUUGAAUAUCUUUAGCUACCUACAUGAGCUUUAACUUGAGUUUUUGAUCUUUGAGAGAUCUUUGUUUGUAAUGCUCUUCUUGUGCUAUUAGUGAGUGAUCUUGGGGGUGUAUUGAUUCCUUCAAGAGUGAUCUGUAGAGAGGAUCUGUAGAGAGGAUCUGUAGAGAGGAUCUUUGGGGUUUAAGUGUAAAGGGGCGAGAUUUGAGAGAAACCUUUCUUCUUGUAAAGGAUUGAGUGGCU